GACGCGCUGGAGCGUCACGAGCCCGCGAGGCUGCUCGCCUCGGCCCCACCCCCGCGGUGGGUCCCGACCCUGCUCAUCCCCGCCAGGCUGGCAGAACCCGCGCUCGCGGCUGCGGCCAGUGUAGCGGAGCUGGCGCAGCGCGCGGCUGGGAGCGUACAAGGAGGGCGGACCUCGAGGCGGACCCGCUAUUCCCCACUCCGGGCCUGGGGGUUCUCUCCCACUGCCCCGGCCUCCUGUCGGUCGCCACCACCGCUAGCCUCUCCGGCUGAGCUUGGCGCCCCAAAGAGGAUUAAACUUGCCAUACCUGUCCCCGCCCCUGCUCCGAGUGCGCUGUGUCCAGGGGCUUCUGUGGCUCCCCUUUCCUGAGCUCCCAGGGAGGCAUCUCACCCUUAUCCAAGGAGGUGGCCACCUGCACAGGCAGCAGGGCCACAAGCUGGGACACUCCUGAUGUCAGAAGUGCAUGGGCAGGUUGACUGACCACAAGCAGUCUCCCAGCGUCAGCAUGAACUCCAGGAUUCCGUCUGCUAGGGGCUGGGUCAGCAGCUGCCCACCCACCUCUGAGCCUAACCUGGAAUCUGCCACGGAUGGGCCAGCCUCUGAGACCACCACCCUCAGCCCAGAAGCCACCAGCUUUAAUGACACCCGAAUCCCUGACAUGGGUGGUGGCACAGCCGGUGUGGGCACAAUGCUUCUGUCCUUUGGGAUCAUCACGGUGAUUGGCCUGGCUGUGGCCAUGGUUUUAUACAUCAGGAAGAAGAAGAGGCUGGAGAAGCUUCGCCACCAGCUCAUGCCCAUGUACAGCUUCGACCCCACGGAGGAGCACGACGAACUGGAGCAGGAGCUGCUGGAGCACGGGAGGGCCGCCGCCUCCGUGCAAGCGCUACAGGGCAAGACCACUGUCCCCUCUCAGGGCCCGCUGCAGAGGCCCAGCCGGCUGGUGUUCACUGACGUGGCCAGUGCCAUCCACGCGUAAGUGGCCCAGGGACGGGCCUGGGCAUCUGAGGAAGACAACUGCCUCCAUGCCCUCAGAGCUGCCUUCUCUCAGGACCUGCGCUGCCGAGGACCCAGCUGUUCUGAGGACCCACCUACUGACUCUCCAGGCCCUAGAGAGGCCCCUGGCCCGGCUGGACAUCUGGCCACCGAUGUCCCCUGAUGUAAGAGCCCCAGCGUGGAGAGCGUCCCUCCUGUCAGGAAAGUCGGGAGCCACUGCGGGCUCCCUCAUGUCCCGCCCAGACCCCUCCCGGGAGGCGCAGGAAGUAAGGAAGGCGCGGGCGGGUGGGGAGGAGCGAGGGGCAGGUAGCCCCUCUGUCAGGGAGAGACCUGUCUUUGCGAUCCGGAGCCUCUGGGGUGGAGAGGUAACCAGCCAGGUCUGGAGGACAGGGCGUGGUGACACCCGGGUGUGGCGCUGUACUGCCCAGCGGGCGAGGAUGCCGGGAGGAGGGCCGCUCGUACCCAAAGUAGGGCCAUAUCGCAGCGCGGAUGAGGUCUCCCAGCCGCCCCUUCCCGGCAGCCCGCUGUUGGUUGGCCCGAGCUAGGACAGGAGCUGAAGGGACAGGGAAGUAGUGGGGCAGGUGUGGAAGUGGGGGGACAGAUGCCGUGCAUGCCCAGACCCGCUGAACGGCCUUGGGCAUGGUGCAUAAACAUGACCCGUGGGGACGUGCCCAUCCCAGCACGGGGGGCGGGAGGCAGACCCCUGCACUGGCUCCGUUCUCCAGUCGCGACCCCGGGGUGUGUGGAGGAGCGUGGCGUGGCGGGGGCCACCUUCUCUGCCUUCAGCGUGCAGGGAUGAAGGGAGAGGGAGCUAGAGGGCGAGGGCGCCGGUUCCCACCGCGUUUCGUCACUGGGUCUGAAAGCCGGGGAGCCGCUCCUGCGAACGGUCCCCUGUCUUGCUGUGUACUGGAGACCUAGGGCUGGGGGCGCUGGGGGUCCAAGGGCCGUGGUCAUGGGCUGGGGGCUCAUGAGAGAAACUGACUGCCUGAAACGGGAUGGGGAUCACCCCUUGGGAAACAGACCCAAGAAACCUAGUCUGUUUUUUGAUUGCAUCUCCCACCCACUCAUUGUCCACCUGCCCCGUGUCCCUCAGGAAUUCUACCGGUCUGGGGCCUGUGGGCAAGGCAUAGGGCCAAGCCAGACCCCAAGAGCUGGGCACGUUUUCUGCGCUGGGUAUGCAGCAUACACGAGCACGCACAGAAGCUUGUCCCCCAUGCCCAGCCUUGUCAUCAUCACUGUCCUCCGCUGGUUGGAGGGGACGUGGGCACAGCAUGUACAACUCGGCUGGGCAAAUACCACGUGUCAGGAUGCGAGGGCCUGGGUGGACCACAUGGGGAAGAUGCUGGAUGUAUUCCCUCCUCUAGUUGCUAUAAAUACGUUAUCACUUGAACCACUGGAGGGCUGUGAGUAAUUUAGGAUGCACAGAAGCUGUAAUUUAAUUCACAGCAUCUCCAUGUGAGAGCAUUAAAGACGUUAUUAAGAUGUUUACACGAA